UCAAAAAAGGCACGUCAGUUUGAAGUUUGAGCAAGCCGACCACCUCUUCGCGAGUGCGUUGACUCGUUAUAAAUUCCCUUGAAAAAAAAGAAGGAAAAAAAACAGAAUCUAGAGGGAGGACAUCAGGUGAUUGUGCUUGCGUUACUUAAAACUAUAGGCAGAGACAGAGCGGGAAGCGACCUCCUACCAAACCGAAGUGAUAAAAUGAAUUCCGACUCGAGUUCCAGCAGAUCUUCUUCACCCGAUAUGGAUGAGAUGUACCAUCACCUGUCAGACGGGCGACUCAACUCGGUGUCUUCGACUCAGAGCGAGCUCCUGCAUAAAAUGACAAGCGAGCACCUCGGCAGGAACGGGGACAAAUCACCUGGCGGAAGCAAGUACAAGCUCAAGAAGCAAGUGACAGAGCACGAACUCCACAGCCUGCGACUGAAAAUCAACGGGCGCGAGCGAAAAAGGAUGCACGACUUGAACAUGGCCAUGGACGGCCUGCGAGAAGUCAUGCCGUACGCGCACGGGCCGUCGGUCAGGAAGCUGUCAAAAAUCGCAACUCUCCUUCUCGCCAGAAACUACAUCCUGAUGCUGACAAGCUCUCUGGACGAGAUGAAGAGGCUGGUGGGGGAGAUUUACGGCGGGCAUCACUCAGCGUUUCACUGCGGAACGAUAGGUCACUCCGGCGGACACACGGGGAACCCCGCACAUCAGGUGCAUCCACUGCUCGGGAGCGCACUGACAUCCUCCGCACCCUCCACGCUCUCCUCCACCUUACCGGGACUUACCUCCAUCAGGGCGCCACACUUGAUGAAGACGGCUCCAGCGCCUCCUCUACAGCUCGGCACUGGCUUCCAGCACUGGGCAGGUUUGCCAUGUCCCUGCACCAUUUGCCAGGUACCGCCUGCACCCCACAUCCCCAUCACCUCAGCGGGAUUAACGAGACUGUCUAGCGAGAAGGAGGUGAUGAAGUGAACAUGGACUUUUUUUUAACAGCAGUGUUAACGUGCUCAGUUUGACCUGGAUGGACUAAGGGAAAGUGCUGUUUUGCAUGCGUUGUUUUUUCUGUUUAUUUGUUUUCCUGAACCCCCUAUCUCCUCCUUGUAACAAGGAUUUCGUCAAAAAAGACGAUGAAGGUAACCCUUUUGCUGGCCAUUACGUAUGUCUAUACAUGCGUUAUCAAGUGUGUACAUAUUUUUUUCACUUGUACAAAACCUAUUGUAGGCCUAUAUGUUAAUCUGCUGGAGCUUUUACGUGCGCGUGACGCGCAUAGACUGCCAUCCGGGGAAAUGAAAGCACAAACUGACUUGUUGAUCAUAACUGUAAUGGACAGAAAAAAGCAACAAAAAAAAAUCGCAUGCAGGUGUGAAUUUUGAAAGAGGCACAAUUCAGUGAUAUGGAAAAUGCCGUUGGUUCCUUGUAACAAGGAUUGUAAAAUAGCUGUCUGUAUAACUAAAUGAAUGUGUGUUUAGUUCGCCAUAGAGCGAUAUAAUAUUGUCUUCUGACGAUUUUAUGGGAUUAUGGAUAUAGUUUUAUUCUAGAUGUGUGGCUCUGUACUUACGUGCAUUUGUAUUGG